AUGGCGUCCAUGCAGCGAGUUUUUCCGCCAGGACACAAAGCACACUCUUUCAAGGACCCGGAAGCACCCAGCGUACGGGACACUGGACGGCAGAAGAGAAGAACAAGUACCUUCGUGCUGGCUUUGCUUGCACACCAGCGAGCCAUAUCAGGUUGUCGGGACGUCAGCGGGGACGCAGAUAUCCGUCGUACAGUUUCCAGUUGGCGUCCCUUUUUGGUAGGUUCCCCCUCCGUUGGUUUAGUUCUUUUCCUUUUCCUGGCACAGCAGUGGAUCGUCAAGGGCGCGUUGUGUGCACCUGAUUCCAUGAGCGCCAUCGUACGCGCGCGCUCAAAAGCCGGCAUCGAGUUGACUUCUCCCGGUGCUCGGCGACUGGCCGAGCGCGAUACCGAGGAUGACGAUAGCAGCGACUCUGAGUCUAUAGAGGAGGAGCCGGCGGUAAGGCCCGCUCCUCCGCUUCAACCUCUCCUGCGGCUAAGUUCCCAGCAUGGCGCGCUCGGUCGUCAUCGAAUUUCGCGGGGAAUGCGUCUUCGAGCACUCCUAGGCGGUUUAGGGCGUUGCAGAGCAGCUACCGAACUUUUUGUAGCAGCGUUGUUCGUCUCGGGCUUCUUUCUCCUGGUCGCUGAUCACCUCGCUCGUCCGUGCAACAGGACGCGCGGCGAGUGCCGGUUUUUUGUGUCUGCAGCCCAUAUUUACGUGCGUCUAAUGGGGGCCUCUGCGCUGCUCCUCGUAGCCCGCCUAGCUUACCCUUGGCCGAAACACCGGACUCAUCCACGAGACCGGCUGGAUGUGUAA